AUUGAGAAACAAAGGAAACCGUGCCCAUAAUAAUAAAGUGCUUAAAGAGGGAAAAGGAGUGGUCAUACCAUGUCAACAAUCCGUUAAACCUGCAAAGGCUGGUGAUUACUUGCAUUGCAUCAACUGUGAGGGCUACUACAAGCGGAAACACCUAUGGAGCCAUAUGCGGAGGUGUUUCCUCAGUCAAAAAGUCAAAGGACUUAAGCCAGGAACAUCUCGAGUCCAAGCCCUUUCUAAAUAUGAAGAGCAAGUUCCAGACAGCGUGAAUGCACAGUUUUGGAAACUAAUACUUAACAUGCACGAUGAUAACAUAACAAAGGUUGUCCGCAGUGAGAAGUGCAUCAUGAAAUUAGGAGAACAUUUGUUUAAUAAACAUGGUCAAGAUGUUACAAAACACGAAUACAUCAGACAGAAGAUGCGUGAGACAGCACGAGUUGUUCUACAAGGACGUGAAGAUGGCAAGUUGAAGAUGCUGUCAGAUUUCUUUGUGCCAGCUAACUUCCCUCAUGUCAUAGAUGCAGUUAAGAAGGUGGCUGGCUUGAAUGAGAGAACAAACGUCUUCAAAACACCAUCUUUAGCACUCAAGUUGGAUCACAACCUCAAAAAAGUGGCCAGUAUUCUUGAAUGUGAGGCUAUGAUCUCAGGCGAUAAGAAUACCAUUCAGAAUGUGCAAACUUUCAAACAGAUCUGUGGGACCAGAUGGAGUGAGUGUGUCUCUUCACAUGCCCUUAGGACUAUGAAUGAGGCUAAAUGGAAUGCCCCUCAGCUUAUUCCCCUUGCUGAAGAUGUUAAAAAAAUGCACCAGUAUCUUCACACAAAAAGGAUGGAGUGCCAGAGGAACCUGAAGGAACAAGCAGAAAAGAAGAACUGGGCUGAACUUGCCAAGAUCACACUUUGUGAGGUGAUAAUAUUCAACCGGAGAAGAGAGGGAGAGGUAUCCAAAAUGUCUCUGAACGCUUUUACCUUGAGAGACACCUCUGUCACCCAUCCAGAUGUCGAGCUUGCUUUGUCAGAACUUGAGAAGAAGCUGUGUAAGCACUUCCAGCGAAUUGAGAUAAGAGGCAAACGCGGCCGAAAGGUUCCUGUUCUCCUCACUCCUGAUAUGGUAUCGUCGAUGGAGUUGCUUGUCCAAAAUCGCCGUACUUGUGGUGUGUUGGAUGAAAAUCCAUACAUGUUCGGGAGACCACAGACUCUCAGUUACUUCAGAGGAUCUGAUAUUAUUCGUGAGAUGGCUCAAAGAUGUGGAUCAAAACACCCAGAAGCAAUGUCCUCAACCAAACUAAGGAAGCACAUUGCCACCAUGUCGAAGGUUCUUAACCUGAAGGACAAUGAAAUGGACGACCUGGCUGACUUCCUAGGCCAUGACAUAAGAGUCCAUCGUCAGUAUUAUAGAUUGCCUGAAGGGACGUCUCAGCUUGCAAAAAUAAGUAAAGUGUUGCUGGCACUAGAAAAAGGACAGCUCUCCACCUUCAAAGGAAAAAAUCUGGAUGAGAUCAGCAUUGAUCCACAAGAGAAAAUCUCUGUGGACAGUGGAUCAGACACUGAUGAGAGGAUGACUCAGCUGAGAGGGAUUCUUCAACUUCAUCUUUCAGAUCACCAG